GGGGCAGCCGUGGGGCAGCCGUGGGGUGGCCAGCGGGGCAGCCGUGGGGCGACCAGCGAGGCGGCCGUGGGGCAUCCAGUGGGGCAAGCUGUGCCCGGGGUGCCCUGCGAGCCGCCCUGGCCUCCCAGAGCUGCGGUGCGGGACGGGGCUGGCCCGGCGUGGGCUGCAGCUGGACCGUUUCAGUGCCUCAAGGAGAGCCGAAUAGCAGAAAAAGAAAGAACAGCAGCAGCCGAGCCGGUGCUGCAAGGAGGGGGCACAAGAGCUGUUCUGCAGGCAUCCGCUGCUGCGGAAAUGGAUUUCUUGAGGGGAGGGAGGUGUAUGUGGGCAAUCUUUGUAGCAACGCUGUGCAGAGGAGAGAAAAUGCCAUUCGAGCGGCCCCCGACGCGGGCAGGAGUGGGGAGGGCGGAUGGAGAGCACCUGGCUGGGCCACCCCACGGCCGUGGGCACCGCGGCCGGCGUGACGUGCCGAGCAGCCGCCCCCGGGCCGUGGGGAGCGGGGGGAGCAGCCCGGGGCUCGCAGCCUGGCUCCGGUGCUGUGGCCGAGCCUGCCUGGUGCUGCACAGAGAUCCUGUGAGGAUUUUUAUUGCGGUCUCUUUGUUAGCUCCAGCCAGGCACGCACUCGCUCACAGCUCCUAGCCAGGUUGUGGGAGAUUUGCUUACAAUCAAAUACAUGACCAUGGGGGAUAUGAAGACCCCAGAUUUCGAUGACCUUCUCGCAGCCUUUGACAUACCAGACAUGGUUGAUCCAAAAGCAGCUAUUGAAUCUGGACAUGAUGACCAUGAGAGCCACAUAAAGCAGAACGCUCACACAGAUGAAGAUUCUCACGCCCCAUCGUCCUCUGACGUUGGUGUGAGCGUCAUUGUGAAAAACGUGCGUACUAUCGAUGCUUCGGAAGGGGUGGACAAGGAUGGGCACCAUUCCACAGGCAAUGGCUUGCACAACGGCUUCCUGACGUCUUCAGCUCUUGACAGUUACAGUAAGGAUGAGGGGAAGUCGCUUAAAGAUGACGGUUCAGCUUCUGAGACUACACUGAAGGAUUCAGCUUUCAACCAGUUUAGCCCAAUAUCAAGUGCUGAAGAAUUUGAUGAUGAUGAAAAAAUUGAGGUGGACGAUCCUCUGGAUAAAGAGGAGAUGCGUGCAAAUUUCAGAGCAAAUGUCCUGGCAGGAUCUGGAUCUCAGCAGGAAUACGACAAACUAAAGGCACUUGGAGGGGAGCACUUGAUUAAGUCUGGAAUCCCAGUUUCAAGUAGUAUAGAUAAAAAUAAAGUAGCUAAACGAGAAACAGAGGCAACCUCCGUGAGUUUAAGUGUCUAUGAGCCUUUUAAAGCUCGAAAAACAGAGGACAAAUUGCUAAAAGACAAUUCCGAGAAGCUUCUCGAAAACAGGGUGCUUGAUGGAAAACUGAGUACUGAAAAAAGUGAAACAAAUCUUGGCGGCAUUUCCCAGUCCAAAGCAAAGUCGUCAGCAAAGCUUUCUUCGUGCAUUGCUGCAAUCGCAGCGCUGAGUGCUAAAAAGGCAGCUACAGAUACCGGUAAAGAUCUACAGUCUAAUUCAGGAGAAUCCUCUCCAUUACCAAAAGACAUGAGUGAAAGUCCCCGGGCUAUUGAAAAGUCGCCUGAAUCUCAGAGUCUCAUCGAUGGUGCUAAAAAGCCGUCUGUCAAAUCACCUGACAGUCCCAGAAGCGUAUCGAGUGAAAACAGCAGCAAAGGGUCUCCAUCCUCCCCCGCAGGGUCAACACCAGCAAUUCCUAAAGUUCGCAUCAAAACCAUCAAGACUUCCUCGGGGGAGAUCAAGAGAACUGUUACUAGAGUGUUGCCAGAAGUGGAUGUGGACUCCGGUAAGAAGCCAGAGCAGACCGCUUCUAUGGUCACCUCCGUGACGUCUCUGCUGUCCUCGCCAGCCUCCGCUCCCGCGCUGUCCUCUCCUCCUCGAGCUCCCCUGCAGCCCACGGCUGUCACCACCGCCGCCGCGUCCGCGGAACUGGCGCCAAAGCAGGUCACCAUCAAACCUGUGGCUACUGCCUUUCUCCCCGUUUCAGCAGUCAAAACGGCGGGUUCACAAGUUAUCAAUUUGAAGCUUGCUAACAAUACCACGGUGAAAGCCACCGUAAUAUCUGCUGCUUCGGUGCAGAGUGCCAGCAGCGCUAUUAUCAAAGCUGCCAACGCUAUCCAACAGCAGACUGUUGUGGUGCCAGCGUCAAGCCUUGCCAGUGCUAAACUUGUGCCAAAGACGGUCCAUCUUGCCAACCUUAAUCUUCUGCCUCAAGGUGCUCAAACCACCUCUGAACUCCGCCAAGUGCUAACGAAACCUCAGCAACAAAUAAAGCAGGCAAUAAUUUCUGCAGCAGCCUCACAGCCUUCUAAAAAAGUGUCUCGAGUCCAGGUGGUGUCAUCUCUGCAGAGUUCGGUAGUGGAGGCGUUCAAUAAGGUGCUGAGUAGUGUCAAUCCCGUACCAGUUUACAUCCCGAACCUUAGUCCCCCCGCCAAUGCCGGGAUAACGUUACCCACGCGAGGGUACAAGUGUUUGGAGUGUGGCGACUCGUUUGCUCUUGAGAAGAGCCUGACCCAGCAUUAUGACAGGCGGAGUGUGCGAAUCGAAGUGACGUGCAAUCACUGUACAAAGAACUUAGUUUUCUACAAUAAAUGCAGUCUUCUUUCCCAUGCUCGUGGGCACAAGGAAAAAGGCGUUGUGAUGCAGUGUUCCCACCUGAUUUUAAAACCGGUCCCAGCAGAUCAGAUGAUAGCAUCUCCUUCAAGCAAUAGCGCUCUGUCGGUGCUGCAGAGCCCCGGGGGAGCUGGCGCGCACGCCGUGACCAAGAUCCAGUCUGGCGUAACGGGGACGGUGAUCUCGGCCCCCGCCAGCACACCCGUCAUUCCAGCCAUGCCCCUGGACGAGGACCCGUCCAAGCUCUGCAGACAUAGUCUGAAGUGUCUGGAGUGCAACGAGGUUUUCCAAGAUGAGACGUCUCUUGCAACUCAUUUCCAGCAGGCUGCAGACACGAGUGGACAAAAGACAUGCAAUAUCUGCCAGAUGCUGCUUCCUAACCAGUGCAGUUUUGCAUCACACCAGAGAAUUCAUCAGCAUAAAUCUCCAUACACGUGUCCCGAAUGUGGAGCAAUCUGCAGAUCUGUCCACUUCCAGACCCAUGUCACUAAGAACUGCCUGCAUUAUACCCGAAGAGUUGGUUUUCGCUGCGUGCAUUGCAAUGUUGUUUACUCUGACGUGGCGGCUCUCAAGUCUCACAUUCAAGGUUCUCACUGUGAAGUCUUUUACAAGUGUCCUAUCUGUCCCAUGGCAUUUAAAUCUGCUCCCAGCACACACUCCCAUGCCUACACACAACACCCGGGUAUCAAGAUAGGCGAACCAAAAAUAAUAUAUAAAUGCUCUAUGUGUGACACUGUGUUUACUCUACAACCUUUGCUCUAUCGCCACUUUGAUCAGCACAUUGAAAACCAGAAGGUGUCUGUUUUCAAGUGUCCAGACUGUUCUCUUCUGUAUGCACAGAAACAGCUUAUGAUGGAUCAUAUCAAGUCUAUGCAUGGAACUUUGAAAAGUGUUGAGGGGCCACCAAACCUGGGGAUAAAUCUGCCCCUCAGCACCAAACCCACAACUCAGAACUCAGCCGGUCACAACAAAGAGGACACAAAGGCUGUCAACGGAACAGAAAAGCUGGAGAAGAAGUCUGCUUCUCCCAUGAAGAAAGCAGAACCCAAGAAAGUGGCCAAUCCUGGCUGGACGUGCUGGGAGUGUGACAGGCUCUUCACCCAGAGAGACGUUUACAUCUCUCACAUGAGGAAAGAACAUGGAAAGCAAAUGAAGAAACAUCCGUGUCGACAAUGUGACAAAUCUUUCAGUUCAUCUCAUAGUUUAUGUCGUCACAAUCGUAUCAAGCACAAAGGCAUUAGGAAGGUUUAUACGUGCUCGCACUGCCCGGAUUCCAGACGUACUUUUACCAAGCGGUUGAUGCUGGAGAAACACAUUCAGUUGAUGCACGGCAUUAAAGACCCCGAUGUGAAGGAGAUGACUGAAUCAACCAAUAUGGAAGAAAGGGAAGUGAAAGAAGAUGCAAAGGUUCCCAGUCCAAAGCGCAAACUGGAAGAACCUGUGCUGGAGUUCAGGCCUCCGCGAGGCGCAAUCACUCAGCCGCUGAAGAAGCUCAAGAUAAACGUUUUCAAAGUUCACAAGUGUGCUGUCUGUGGCUUUACAACAGAAAAUCUUCUCCAGUUUCAUGAACACAUUCCUCAGCAUAAAUCCGAUGGCUCUUCGUACCAGUGCAGGGAGUGUGGACUCUGCUACACGUCCCACGUGUCCCUCUCCAGACACCUCUUCAUCGUGCACAAGCUGAAGGAGCCUCAGCCGGUGUCAAAACAAAACGGGUCUGGGGAGGAGAGUCAGCAGGAAAAUAAACCCAGUCAGGAGGACGAGUCGUCCGACAGCGCGGCCUCGGACAGAAGGUGCAAAGUGUGCGCAAAGACUUUUGAAACGGAAGCGGCCUUAAACACUCACAUGAGAACACAUGGCAUGGCCUUCAUCAAAUCGAAAAGAAUGAGCUCAGCUGAGAAGUGAUCAGAGCAUUUGGGAUGCAGAAAUCUCUCUCCACAUUGGAAUAUUAAUGACAUUUUUGCUACAGAAAGUUCAAGGCAUAACAGUGUUAACAGUACUGUUCAGGCUGUUGCAAUAUAUUCUGCAUAAAAGCUUCCCCGUCACCUCAUUGUCUAUAUCCUCAGACCCACUGAAGCAGUAUUUGAGUUCAAGAGAGUUUGUAUAUAUUUAAACUAAUAACUUUUAUACUCUUUGUUAUGUGUUUGUAUCAGUAUCUAGUGGGAAGUUUGGGUUCUUCAGUUUUGUUUUGGUUUUUAUCCUGGUAGUCCCUUUAUCAGAGUUCUGAAUGCCGGGGCAGUUCUUAGGUUCUCUUCAGCUGUUUGUCAUGCGGACGCCCCUGGAGGAGGGUGAGCUGUAGUGCAGGGGCAGGGCGGCAGGCGAAGGGGAGGCUCACUUUCUAAGAACUCGUGCUUCUAAAUGCUCAAGGAAGCUUUUAAACUUUCUCUUAAAAGAUAUAUAUUUAAAAAAAAGGAAAAAAAGUAAGAAAAAGUACCACUGCGUAUGUAAAUGCAGUGCUGGUUUGAGGUGGCAACACCAGAACGGGUGCAGGCCCCCUAGAGCGAUAAAGUACUUCUGAAAAGUGUAAUUGCACAACCGUGUAUCAUGAAGUGAUUUUUUAGGCCAUCGGGUGCUUGUGAUCAAAGCUCAAAUUGUUACAAAAGGGCUGGGCUGCUCUGGAUUUAACAAAUAAGUUGUAAUUAGAGGAAUAGGUUUAUAAGGGUGUUUUUUGUCAUGUAAUUUAUUAAACGUUCCAUAGGAGUGAGUACACAGCAGUAUGUGUUCCGUUGUCUCUGGUUAGCCCUCGCUCCGGGGGCUGGCGUUUCCCAGCGCCGUGUGCUCAGGCCUGACGUGCUGGUGCUCGGUGCCAGCGGUGUCGGUGCAGCUGGGGCUUCCAGCUCCAGCGCAGGCCCCACGAGGCUCGCUCGGCCGCUGCAGUCGUGGCUCUGACGUCACGAAGUACAAAAGGUACCAUACUGUCCCUUUCAUAUAUAGUUCUCUGUGAGAGUUAUAUUUUUGGUUUCUUUUUGCAUUUUAUACCUUGUAUGUAUCCCUAAAAAACCAAUUUUGUACUUUUUUUUAAAACAAACUGUGUAUAUAUAGAUAGCUGCAUGAUAUACGGUAGUAAUUGUUUGGUUCCUUAAAAGUCUUGCUGCUGUCAGAUGUUACUAUACACUAUGUCCAUUACAACUGUAUUAAACACAUUUCAUAUGUAAAUAAAUGUGGAGCAUUUUGCCCCUAAA